GCUUUGCAAAUAUAUUCAAAUACUAAUUAGUAAUACUACGAAAUAUACUACUUAAUAAAAACUUGAUUAACAAAUGCGAAUAUAAAUAAAUUUGCUGCGUCAUGUUGUCAUAUUAGGUUAUAUUUACAUUCAGAUAAGUAUUACAUUUUGCUCUAGCGUCGUGUUUUUCUUAACGCCUUAUAAUGUUUAGGUCAAGACAUUUACUAAACGCAGCUGUUAAGAGCAAGACCGACAGUACUGUGGCAAUAACAAAUAUUAUUUUAAGAAAUAAAUUGAAUACUUCUGCAGUAGUUAUGACUGAUAAAUUUCGUCUACCAGCCCGCUACGGAGCCGGUGAAAAAAGUGUUUGGGUGGAAUAUAUUCAGCUUGCUGCAGAUUACAAGCCAGCAGUGAACCUUGGACAAGGGUUUCCGGAUUACCAUGCGCCCAAACAUGUCACUAAAGCCUUGGCAGAUAUUGCCACAAGUGACAAUCCCCUACUCAUGCAAUACACAAGAGGUUUUGGACAUCCCAGAUUGGUUCAAAACAUAGCCAAAGUGUAUUCACCAUUAAUUGGUAGGGAAUUAGAUCCAUUUAAUGAGAUUCUUGUAACCAGUGGUGCUUAUGAGGCCCUUUAUUCAGCUAUAUUAGGUCAUGUGGAUGACGGUGAUGAAGUGAUUGUGAUAGAACCAUUCUUUGAUUGCUAUGACUUCAUGAUAAAAUGUGCGGGAGGAAUACCAAAAUUCAUUGCACUUAAACCGAAGACGGGCAAGGAAAAUAUGACAUCAGCGGACUGGGUACUUGAUGAAAAAGAACUGAGUUCCCUAUUCACGAAUAAAACUAAGAUGUUAAUACUGAAUACUCCACAUAAUCCGUUGGGCAAAGUAUUUACAAAGGAGGAAUUGGAACUGAUUGCAAAUCUGUGCAAGAAACACAAUGUUUUGUGUGUAUCUGACGAGGUUUAUGAAUGGAUGGUGUAUGAACCUAAUAAGCAUAUUCGAAUUGCAACACUGCCGGACAUGUGGGAUAGAACAAUCACCAUUGGUUCUGCGGGCAAGACAUUCUCUGUCACUGGCUGGAAGAUCGGCUGGGCCUACUGCCCCGCUAACCUCAUGAGAAACUUGCAAGUUGUUCAUCAAAACUGUGUAUAUACCUGCCCUACACCAACUCAGGAAGCGGUCGCUCGUUCUUUUGAAAUAGAGUUAUCCCGAAUCAACUCUCCGGAAUGCUAUUUCUACUCUCUGGCUCGCGAGCUGCUGCCCAAGAGGGACUUCCUCGUCAGGACCCUCAAGGAGAAUGGCUUCAAUCCCACCAUACCUGAUGGUGGAUACUUCAUUGUUGCUGAUUGGACUAACCUAGGUAAAAAAAUAGAUUUAUCUAGUGAACAGGAUAAAUACAAAGAUUAUCGGUUCACAAAGAAGUUUGCUAAAGAAGCGGGCGUGUUGGCCAUACCGCCCAGCGCUUUCUAUUCUGAAGCUCACAAGAAUCUGGGAGAAGAUUUCGCAAGAUUCUGCUUUAUUAAGAAAGAUGAAAAUCUUGCCUUAACAGAAAAACUGCUAAAGACAUGGAACGCAUCAAAAUAAUUGCAGAUCUAAAAUAA